AUGGCUCGCCGCCGUGCCCGUCAGUCAACCACCCCUAGUGCUCCUACCCCUCCUGCUGCCGACAGUUUGACCGUUCCGGCUACCAGUGGGGCUACUCCACCGGUGCAUGUACCUGUUCCGCCGCAAGAGUCUGUCGUGACAGACGCUCAGGCAGUUGUGCCGGUCACAACUGCCAGUACGCCGGUAGUAGCUGUAGUACCUGCACCGGCCAUUGUGCCGCCUGCCCCUGUGGUGGAUGAGGCUGCCUUGACCACCGAAGCUCGCAUGGCGGGUCGUCAUAUCACCAUGUUUGAUCGUUUCUACAACAUUCUCAACACGGCAGCAGAAGUAUACGAGGCAGAUCCUGGCCGUGAGCUCACUUCAGCCGAGGAGGACACGGUGGAGAUGUACACCGCCCUUCUCAACAUGAUCCCGAGUCUCAAACGCCAGCUCGAGCUGGGUGGUCCUGGUUCGAUCAAGACCAUAAGCAUGGCUCUCCACACUGGUCGCAACAAUGCUCGUGGCGAUGACAUCAAGGUCCUCAAGGAUAAGAUUUUCCUGUGGCGUACUUUCCUGGAUGUCCCUGCUGGCGCCUUUACAGGUGCCCGCCACCUUCUCGGUUUCCAGAGCCGUGCCACUGGUGCGUUACUCUGCCCAGUCAACAUGGACUACGAUGACCAAAACAUUGCGGCAGGCCUCCGCAACGGCACCAUCAAGGUCACACCUCGUGAUCUCCCCAAAUUUCUCUGGGUUGGUGAGAAGGUGCAAAAGGCGGACAACCUGUUUGAGGGGUUUCUUCGAGGCGAGAUGCUAGUCAAAGCUUAUCUGACCAUCUAUAUCUCUCCGAGUGCGGGCAUCUACGAUGACGCAGGCUCAGGUGGGCGCCAGGGUAAUGCGGCCCUGCACAAUGUCCGACAUGUCAGCUUGUCGUCCAUCGCAUACGUGGCCACCCUGGUACGCUUCGUGCUCUCGGCUACUCCAAAGUGGGGUCAGAGAAACGGCGACAAGGAUCCUUUCUCUGAGACGUUCUACAACUGGAUCCUCAAGCUUCUCUGCGAGGCCCCUGCUGCAGACGCCGUUUGGCAUGACGAUCUCCUGACCUGGUGGCAGCAGCGUAUUUUUGGUAACGACGGCCCGGAUGAUGAAGCCAACGCCAUGGAGGUUGCAGAUGAUGACAACUCCGUGGCGGCACAGAUGUUCCGGAUGCCUGCCCUGCAUUAG